AUGGGUGUUGAUCUAUUCUCUCCAGUCGCACCGGUGCGCCUGAACAUACUGCUACUACCAGCUGGAAGAAUUAAGCGAUCACGGUUUCUCAGCUUUGCUGCAAGAUUGCAAGCCGAGAACCUCAUCCGGCUCGGCGAUAUCAGUCCUGAUGAACGGCCAAACCGAAAUAUGUUCACACCCUUGGCGUUCCCCAAUGGAAUUAUUCUAUAUAAUAUAUCUUUCUCCGUGCCGCCAACCUCUCACCUCGAGCUCUUUCCGUUUGAGAUAUUUCGCGAACCGCUAGUGGUAAUCGCAAUUGCUGAUGGCGCCGAACUACAUUACAAUGAAGACACCGGGAAGGAAACAAAUGGAAAGAGGAGUAGCGGUGCGGAAGUACCUCCAAAUCCCAAGGGCUUAGAAGACUUGAUGCAGGAGCUUGCAUGGGUUAAGGAGCAAAAUCCUAGGGCCUUGGUCAGCCAGCUGCUCAUUUUUGAUUAUGAGGGUCUUCAAAAAUCUGUAAAUGGCGGUCCGGAUGACGUUAUAUGGGUGCCUGCUCCCGAGUUUUCUCGACCAACGACGAUUAAGACUGUUUUAUGCGAUAUCACUUCCCUAUUGCUAGGUGAAAUGGACGGAUUUGCGAAGCUUAUGCAGAGUAUACCUUCCAUUGAUUCUCCAAAAGCUUCUUCGUGGGGUCCUCGAAGGGGCCCAGAGUUACGUCCGCGACCAAUUGAUAAACUUAUGCACAGAAUGACAAUGCCGGCACAGUUUCCAGUGUCCAACGGCGACGCGCAAUCAGCAACAAGCUCUGGUAGAUCUUCUCCGGCGCCCGGUGGCCAUGAUUCCCCGACGACCUUCGAUGAGAUUACUAGAUCUAUACAAGUUGCAAAUCGGUCCGCUACUGGCAUGCAAUCAUCAAAAGAGAGUAGUCGCGAUCGAAUGUCUGUUCAGGGCAUCAGCGCUGCAGAUCGUACUAAGAGCAGAAUUAAGGGCCGCCUUGGUGUUGUUAUUGGUACGCUUUAUCUACAAGCGGGCAGGUGGCCGGAUGCACUGAAAGAGCUCGUUGAAGCCGCGACCAUGGCCAGAGCAAGCAGUGACUAUCUAUGGCAUGGAAAGGCGCUUGAGUCUAUUCUCCUGUGCCUUUUGAUGCUUGGAUGGGCUGGCAUGGAUUUUCAGGUCCCUCAAAUCUGUUACCCAGUCGCUGAGAAAUCCAGCUCCAAAUCGUCACAUUCAACGAUUGCGCACGGGGUAACGGAUGUUGCCAGUUCUGGACAAUCAGCUGCAGGGAAUAGGCUUAUAUCAUUGCAAAAUCUCACCAAUCUUAUGCCUGACCUUUGUAACAAUAUCCUCCACCUUUACAAUCGAGCAGCCGUCAUCACAGAUGAACCACUUCCACCUUUGGUUUUUUCAGAAACAGUUAUCCGCCUUUCACGUGUUCUUUGUGCUAUUCGACUGAGGUCCGGGACCCUUGAUGAUAAUGCCUUGAGACAUAUUGUCACGAAUGAGGCUCUUGUGCCUUCAAAUACCGAAUGGCCACGCGGGGCGCCUGUACUUAAGAAGAAUGAUGUUGCAAACUUUUUGUUUCGUGCCUUACCUCUUUCCCUUGGUGUUGAGCUCCCGGUUACCGAUGCGGCCCCGAUCCUCGUUGGCAUAUCGUCCGUUCUUUCUCUACUUGAUCUUCCACGGAAAAAAGCUCUUGUUUUGAGAGAAUUGGUUUUGCUCAUGGUUCCCGGACUUGUGGAAGCUAGAAAAAUCGGAGCUGCCGAAAUUGGAAUCCAUCCUGCUGCAGGUCUUUCGACAUUGAAUGAUGCGGCUUUCGAAAUCAAUGCACUAGACGUAGGUCGUGGGGAUAUGGGAGAAAGUACACGAGCCCUUCUCACGAUGAUAGGUGAGAUAUACGGCGUUCAGCCUUCUAUCUAUCAAGAACGCAAGAAGAGCGGAACUUUGUCAAGGCCACCUUCCGCCAAAGGCAGUGGACUGAACGAAAAAGAGUAUGAUUCAAUUGCAUCUAUUGUUGAACGUGCUUUUCGUCAUGUGACCCUUGACGGAUAUGGCGAUCUAAGCCUGAAGAUCGCUAUUCUCAGAGUAUCUAUCAAUCUCUGCGAGGCACUUCCUGACUUUGAAGGUGUACUGCAGUACACAGUUGAGCUGCUUCAGACAAUCAAGGGGGAUCUCAUGCUUGCUGAAAUGGGACGAAACCCCCCUGUUUUGCCCCCCGAUGAACAAAUGCGGCUACUUAGCACAAUAAAGCGGACCGUUGGAGCAGCUCAUAAGCUAGGCGCAACCCAUCUUGAAUCAGAGUAUUGGGACGACUUCCUCGUUCGUGGAGUCACUUUACUUGAGUUCCCGGAAUUCAAACGAUUGUUUCGCCGUACUAAAAAGGAUUUAAGCGUUGCAAGUGUGGCGGAUGAAAAAUCAAAGAAAGACCCCUUUCUGUAUAACGCUUUCGCGAAAACGGACUAUAAAACAACGGAAGCCCUGAUGAUUGCGAAAGAAAUUGCGACUUUCAAGGUCACUCUUCAGAAUCCCUACGACUUUGAGCUUGAAAUCGAAAGCUUACAGAUACAAGGUAACAACACGACUCUUGAUGCUCGGGAGUAUAACAUAAUAGUACCUCCAUUGUCUCUGUAUGACGUUAUGGUCCCAGCCAUCAUCAGUGAAGUGGGCCAGCUUAACAUUACAGGUUGCAUCAUUAAAGUGCGAAAUUGUCGCUCCAGAACAUUUCCAAUCUUCCAAACCCCUUGGAAGCCGACUCCUGAAGUAAAGCUCAAACGCACCGGCCUAGCGGCUAAACGACCUCUUUCAGAACGACCACUUUCUUGGGGUUCAACCACUUCAAAGGAUGGGAAAGUUGUCGCAAAGGUCGGGCCUGAGACUCAUACGUGCUCAGUGAAAGUUAUCCAUCAACAGCCUUCAGUUGUUGUCCACUCUACUUCUCUUUCUCAGUCCGCCAUUAUGCUGCUUGAAGGAGAGACCAGAUCUUUUGAUAUUACUUUACAUAAUGUUUCCUCAUGCGCUGUUGGCUUCAUCUUCUUCACAUUCCAGGAUUCGACCACUCGACAAUUGCAGAACGCAUUGAGCAAUAAAGAUCUCCUCCCGGCUGAAAUAUAUGAACUCGAUCUUCAAUUGUCCUCCAAGCCUCCUUUGCAGUGGAUACGGCAUGGAAGCAAGCCCAAUGAGGUGACGAUAAAGGCUGGAGAGAGAGCAACUUUCACGGUCGAGGUAUUUGGGAAGCCUGGUCUGCAAGAUGCGACUGUUCAGAUCGAUUAUUGUCAUCUGGGAGAUAAGCAUGAUUCAAUUCCUGAAACAUUCUAUACUCGACAGCUAUCCAUACCCAUCACAGUAACAGUCAACGCGAGCGUUGAAGUGGCACGAUGUGAUCUUGUUCCACUUUCCGGCGAUGUUUCGUUUUUCAACAAACAAAUGGAGGAAUCGUCACUAUCGUCUCAGGUCGAUAAAGUAUAUUCCUCACCAUUGCUUGCGAAUCACACGGCUCAAAUUACAUCCACGCUCUCUCACCUUAGCUCCGAAUCACACUGCCUUGUGGUCCUUGAUUUACGUAACGCAUGGCCGAAUCCUCUUUCCGUUGAUCUCAAUGUCUUUCGGCAAAAGGAUGAAGAUGAAACCUGGGUUGCUGUUAAGGGCACUAUACAGCCAGGUCAAAUCUCAAGGUUUAUUCUUGUGCUUCCCAGAGUCUUCCUAGACAACCCUCAUGCAGCGAUCCCCAUCCUGCACUCUGUGCGGAGACAGUUUGUCGUCAGUGCAAACAAGCUCACAUUCGAAGCUGAGGCAGCGACCCGAGAAGCUUUUUGGUUCCGUGAAGAACUAUUAAAACGUAUUCAAGGGUCAUGGCACGAAGAAUCGACCGGUCGAGAGGGUCUGGUUGACUUCCGCAGUAUCAGAUUUACUCCCAGAAUGGUGGAUGCGAUGCGACUCGAGGAUGUAGAGGUGAAAUUCUCCUUAACUUCAUCCGAUGACCAGCAGCCCGUGACUCAAGUCAAGAGUUUAAAAUACACUGCGAAAACCAACAGCUUCCUUCAACUGAAAGUCGAAAUCCAAAAUCGCUCCUCUCGCACCAUACACCCGCUACUCCGACUUCAGCCAGGUCUGUGCAAUCAACCCAGUACCAUCGCGCUUGACCUUUCGAAAAGGCUAGCUUGGACUGGCACUCUGCAACGUGCUCUACCUGUAUUACCUGGCGGAAGUAAGUCCGUCUGUAGUCUGGGACUGAUAUUCUUCUGUCGUGGAGAGUACGAAAUCGGGGCAAGCGUGGAGGAAAUUCGACUCAUGAAACCCACAAUAGGAAGCAAUGACACAUCACAUACUUCAAAGGUAGAUGCUGGUGAAUUUUUCAUACCGGAUACAUUCGUUGCCGAUGGAGGUGUCAGGAAGAGGCGCAUUUGGCACGCCAGAGAUCAUUGUGUGAUUGCUGCGCAUGACUAAUGUGAUACAUAAAGCUAGAAUAAUUACAUGUUUGAUCAUAUAUUCAUUUUUUUGAUGUGAUGCAAGUCUACAAUAUAUACCCUGAUGUUCCGAGCGGCUUUUUCUGUUUAGCUUGAAUGGGGCACCAUGGAGAUGUACAGAAAAUUAAUUCCUCUUUGAGAAAACAUUGAAUUCAUUUAUCAACCCCAAGUUCCACAUAGAUAGACCACAUUUGACUCGAACAACGCCAGUGGAAAGGCUCUGAGGUGUUAUCCAUACUUGGACAAGGUGAUUCUCGCCUUCUUUGAAACCUCUCGACAACUGUGCUCGCGUCUUGUCCUGAGUGGCCUAGGUUUGGCCAAUUCCGUUAACGGCGUGUGCUGGAUCCU